AUGGGCAAAUGGCGAUACGGGGUCGUUCUGGAUGCGGGUUCGUCCGGGACCCGCGUCCAUGUCUACCGCUGGUUAAAUAACACGGUCGCUCGGGAAAAGGCUGGGAAUGGGCAUCUGCAAACAUUGCCGGCAGUGAAGACCAAGUCGGACUGGACGAAGAAAAUCCACCCGGGCGUCUCGUCGUUCGCCGACAGGCCCGGCGACAUCGGGCCCCAGCAUCUUGCCGGGCUUCUCGAGCAUGCCCGUAAGAUUGUCCCCGAGGAAGCCGUCAAGGAUACCCCCAUCUUUCUCCUCGCGACUGCGGGGAUGCGACUACUGCCCAAGCUGGAGCGCCAGGUCUUGCUGGAGCAGAUCUGCUCCUAUGUCGGCACGAAUUCCGAUUUCCUGCUGCCGGAUUGCGGCGUCCACAUCCAAGUCAUCCCGGGCGUCACCGAGGGCUUGUACGGAUGGAUUGCAACCAACUAUCUGCUGGGCAGCUUCGAUUCACCGGGCUCUCAUGACCACGGCAAGGGUCACCAUACUUACGGCUUUCUGGACAUGGGCGGUGCCUCGGCGCAGAUCGCAUUCGCCCCCAAUGCUACCGAGAGCGAAAAGCAUGCCAAUGAUCUGACCCUCCUACGCCUUCGCAAUAUCGAUGGGUCCACACAGGAACACAGAGUCUUUGUCACCUCCUGGCUCGAGUUUGGCGUCCAUGAAGCUCGACGGCGUUAUGUGGAGGCCCUGCAGGCUGCAAGUGCCGUGGCAAGCGUCAAGGAGCUCCCGGAUCCGUGCCUGCCGGUUGGACUACGCACCACAACUGACGGCAAGCUUCUGGCGACGGAGGAGUCCGAAGGGGUGUCUCUCCUCGGCACCGGCAAGUUUGACGAAUGCUUGCGACAGACCUACCCCUUACUAGACAAGGAUGCCCCCUGUCCCGAUCAACCCUGUCUCCUGCAUGGAAUGCAUGUGCCGGCCAUCGACUUUGACGUCAACCAUUUCGUCGGCAUCAGCGAAUACUGGCAUACAACCCAUGAAGCAUUCGAGAUGGGUCACAAGGACAAAGCGUACGAUUUUGCUACCUACCAACAGCGCGUGCAAUCCUUUUGUUCACAGGACUGGGCCACGGUGGAGGACGGCCUCGAACGCCACCAAUGGGGCAAGAAAUUCGAUCAGGAAGCGGCCGCCGAGGUGUGUUUUAAGGCGUCGUGGAUAAUGAAUGUGUUGCAUGACGGCAUUGGGAUUCCUCGGGUAGGCAUCGAGGACAUCGCAGGCUCGGGUCACAACGGAACCAAAGAAGUGCUUUCCCAGGGUCAGAGCAAAGGCUACUUGGACUCCUUUCAGGCGGUGAACAAGAUCGACUCGACGGAAGUCAGUUGGACGCUGGGGAAGAUGGUCCUCUAUGCCUCGUCCCAGGUUCCUCUGGAGGUGGAAGAGGCCCUUCCGGUCGGCUUUGGCAGCAAUGUUGCUGGCGUGCCCAGCGAUUUCCAGUACCCCAGCGUGGAGUUGCUGCCCGGCCCCGAGGGCAUCCAUGGCGGAACGUGGCAUGAUGCACUCCUCGAGGGGAGCUCCUCCCGCCGCGUCCCGGGCUUCAUCUUGUUCUUGCUGAUCGUACUCAUGGUAGCCUUCUGUCUCUGUGGGCGGGGCCGUCGCCUGAAGGUUUACCAUCAGGUUAGGAAGUGUUUUGGUCGUGGAGGUCCGUCCCAUCCGAACCAUCCGAAGAGGCGGAGGAUCUUUGGCGGAAAGCUGCCGUUCUUUGGUCCGAGAAGUCCUACGUAUGAGCGCGUCCUGGAGGAAGGGGCUCCGGAAUUCGAUCUUGGCGUGAUCGAGUCCAGCCGCAGUUCAUUUGAUGGGGGCCGCCCCUCCGAGGCCGACGCUGCCAGGUUCACGGCCCCCAAGCGGGCGUCAAGCUGGGGCAGUGGUGGCAACACACCUAGUUUCAAGUAUGCGAUGGACAAUGCCUCGUCGGGGACUAUCGGGCUCGGCAUCACCGCUGGGUCCGGAGUGACCGCGAUGGACCGGCAUGGCCUGGUCGUGGCGACCGAAAGUCGAGAUCAUUUGGCGCCCCUGGCAUUGGGACUAACGACCAACGGCCGCCGGUCCCGCGCGGGGAGUCCGUCGAGGUCCCAUCCCAAGUCGCCUCUCAUGAGCCCUCGCGCCGAUGGGUAA